GUCCGCCUGAGGGGCUGCAGACCCCGGCUCCCGGGAGCGCCGCGGCUGGCUCGGCUGUUCCAUGUGGCUCCGGCGGGGAUGGAGGACUCGGUGGCGGCGGCGGCGACUGCUGCUGCGGCGGCGACGGAGGAGCGGCGCUGAGGAGGGGGAACCGGGCCAGACUCAGCCCGACAGCGGGAUUAGAGUCCUCCAGAAUACACAUCAUAUAACCCCCGAGGUGGAAUGGUGAUGUCUCCAUGAGGGAACCUCCUCUCACUCAUCCUGUGAUGUGUGUCAUACUGUUCUUGACUGGGCCAUUCAUCUAAGAUGUGAUUUACCCUGUGAAACAGGGAGAAGACUUAUGGACCCCAAACAUCAUUUCAAGUUGUAGUUGAGUUUUUUAAAGUACAGACAUACAUGCAAAGCUCCUUUGCUUUGGACCCUCUGCUUUGUUAAAGCUGCUGUGUUGCUAACCCAGAACUGCUCCACUGUUUUGACUGAUCAUCAUGGCUUCAGUUUGGAAGAGACUGCAGCGUGUAGGAAAACACGCGUCCAAGUUCCAGUUUGUGGCCUCCUACCAGGAGCUGAUGGUUGAAUGUACCAAGAAAUGGCAACCAGAUAAACUGGUGGUAGUUUGGACGAGAAGAAGCCGAAGGAAGUCUUCCAAGGCUCAUAGCUGGCAGCCUGGAAUAAAAAAUCCAUACCGUGGUGUUGUAGUGUGGCCUGUUCCUGAAAACAUUGAAAUCACUGUGACACUUUUCAAGGAUCCUCAUGCAGAGGAAUUUGAAGAUAAAGAGUGGACAUUUGUCAUAGAAAAUGAAUCCCCUUCUGGUCGAAGGAAAGCUCUUGCUACCACCAGCAUCAACAUGAAACAGUAUGCAAGCCCAAUGCCAACUCAGACUGAUGUCAAGUUAAAAUUCAAGCCAUUGUCUAAAAAAGUUGUAUCUGCUACUCUUCAGUUUUCAUUAUCUUGCAUUUUCCUUCGGGAAGGAAAAGCCACGGAUGAAGACAUGCAAAGUUUGGCUAGUUUGAUGAGUAUGAAGCAAGCUGACAUUGGCAAUUUAGAUGACUUUGAGGAAGAUAAUGAAGAUGAUGAUGAGAACCGAGUGAACCAAGAGGAAAAGGCAGCAAAAAUUACAGAGCUUAUCAACAAACUUAACUUUUUGGAUGAAGCAGAAAAGGACUUGGCCACUGUGAAUUUAAAUCCAUUUGGUGAUCCUGAUGUAGCAGAAUUAAAUCCAUUUGGAGAUACUGACUCAGAAGAACAAAUCACUGAAACAGUUUCACCUAAAAAACCAGAAGAAUCCUUUUAUAAUAACAGCUAUAGUCCCUUUAAAGAGGUACAGACUCCACAGUAUUUGAACCCAUUUGAUGAGCCAGAAACCUUUGUAACUAUAAAGGAUUCUCCUCCCCAGUCUACAAAAAGAAAAAAUAUAAGACCGGUGGACAUGAGCAAGUAUCUCUAUGCUGAUAGUUCUAAAGCUGAAGAAGAGGAGCUGGAUGAAUCAAAUCCUUUUUAUGAACCUAAACCAACUCCGCCUCCAAAUAAUUUGGUAAGUCCAGUUCAAGAACUGGAAACUGAAAGGAGAGUAAAAAGAAAAGCCCCUGCCCCACCAGCCAUCUCACCAAAGACAGGAGGAGUAAAUGAAAACACAGUUAUGUCUGCAGGAAGAGAUCUCUCCACUUCUCCUAAGCCGAGUCCUAUACCAAGUCCUGUUUUGGGACGAAAGCCAAAUGCUAGUCAGUCGUUGCUUGUAUGGUGCAAAGAAGUUACAAAAAAUUACCGGGGAGUGAAAAUCACCAAUUUUACUACAUCGUGGAGAAAUGGUUUAUCUUUUUGUGCAAUAUUACACCACUUUAGACCAGAUUUAAUUGACUACAAGUCUCUGAAUCCUCAAGACAUUAAAGAGAACAACAAAAAGGCAUAUGAUGGAUUUGCCAGCAUAGGAAUUUCCCGGUUAUUGGAACCUUCUGAUAUGGUUUUAUUAGCAAUUCCUGACAAACUGACUGUUAUGACUUAUCUCUAUCAAAUUAGGGCACAUUUCAGUGGGCAAGAAUUAAAUGUUGUUCAAAUAGAAGAAAACAGCAGUAAGAGCACAUAUAAAGUUGGCAACUAUGAAACAGAUACAAAUAGUUCUGUUGAUCAGGAAAAAUUCUAUGCAGAGCUUAGUGAUCUGAAACGGGAGCCUCAACUGCAGCAACCUACCAGUGGAGCGGUAGACUUCUUAUCCCAGGACGACUCUGUAUUUGUAAAUGAUAGUGGGGUUGGAGAGUCAGAAAGUGAACACCAGACUCCUGAUGAUCAUCUCAGUCCAAGCACAGCCUCCCCUUACUGUCGCAGGACUAAAAGUGACACAGAACCCCAGAAGUCCCAGCAGAGCUCUGGAAGGACUUCAGGAUCCGAUGACCCUGGAAUAUGUUACAGUACAGAUUCAAACCACGCACAAGUUUUGUUAGGCAAGAAGAGACUAUUGAAAACUGAGACUUUAGAAUUAAGUGACUUAUACAAUAGUGAUAAGAAGAAGGAUGUGUCUCCACCCUUUAUUUGUGAGGAGACCGUUGAGCAAAAGCUUCAGGAUCUAGACAUCAGUAGUAACUUGGAGCAAGAAAAAUUAGAGAGUUCCAGACCCUUAGAAUGCAGAUCAGAUCCUGAAUCACCUGUCAAAAAACCAAGUUUAUCUCCCACUUCUAAACUCGGAUAUUCGUACAAUAGAGAUGCAGACCUUGCCAAGAAAAAACGUACUUCCCUGAGGCAGACAGAGUCUGAUUCAGAUGCUGAUAGAACCACCUUAAAUCAUGCAAAUCAUUCUGCAAAAACAGUCCAGCAUCGAAUGUUAUCCAGACAAGAAGAACUCAAAGAAAGAGCAAGAGUUCUGCUUGAGCAAGCAAGAAGAGAUGCAGCUUUAAAGGCAGGGAAUAAGCAGAAUACCAACGCAGCCACACCACUCUGCAACAGGCAGCUAAGUGAUCAGCAAGAUGAAGAGCGACGUCGGCAGCUGAGAGAGAGAGCUCGUCAGCUAAUAGCAGAAGCUCGAUCUGGAGUGAAGAUGUCAGAACUUCCCAGCUAUAGUGAAAUGGCUGCAGAAAAGUUGAAAGAAAGGUCAAAGGCAUCUGGAGAUGAAAAUGAUAAAGUUGAGAUAGAUACUAAGGAGGAGAUUUCCGAAGGCUUUGUUGUAGGAGGUGGAGAUGAACUUACUAACUUAGAAAAUGACCUUGAUACUCCCGAACAAAACACUAAGUUGGUGGACUUGAAGCUGAAGAAACUCCUAGACAGUCAGCCACAGGUGGCAAAUUCACCUUCCAGCGCUGCUCACAAAGCUAUAACUGAAAGUUCAGAGCAAGACAUUAAGAAUGGCACAGAAGAUCUCCGGACUGAGCGAUUACAAAAAGCAACAGAACGAUUUAGAAAUCCUGUUGUGUUUAGCAAGGAUUCUACAGUAAGAAAAACUCAACUUCAGUCUUUCAGUCAAUAUGUUGAGAAUAGACCAGAGAUGAAAAGGCAGAGAUCAAUACAGGAAGAUACAAAGAAAGGAAAUGAGGAGAAGGCAGCAAUAACUGAAACUCAGAGGAAGCCAUCAGAAGAUGAAGUGCUUAAUAAAGGGUUCAAAGACACCAGUCAGUAUGUUGUAGGAGAAUUGGCAGCACUAGAGAAUGAGCAAAAGCAAAUUGACACCCGUGCCGCGCUGGUGGAGAAGCGCCUUCGCUAUCUCAUGGACACAGGAAGGAACACAGAAGAAGAAGAAGCUAUGAUGCAGGAGUGGUUUAUGUUAGUUAAUAAGAAAAACGCCUUAAUAAGGAGAAUGAACCAGCUCUCUCUCCUGGAAAAAGAACAUGAUUUAGAGCGACGAUAUGAGCUGCUGAAUCGGGAAUUGCGGGCAAUGCUAGCCAUUGAAGACUGGCAGAAGACCGAGGCCCAGAAGCGACGUGAGCAGCUCCUGCUGGAUGAGCUGGUGGCCCUAGUGGACAAGCGCGACGCGCUCGUCAGGGACCUGGACGCGCAGGAGAAGCAGGCCGAAGAAGAAGACGAGCAUUUGGAGCGAACUCUGGAGCAAAACAAAGGCAAGAUGGCCAAGAAAGAAGAGAAAUGUGUUCUGCAAUAGAAACCAGACCAGAAUCUUGACCAACAUUUUAUUAGUCUUGGGUCCCUAGACCAGAAAAAGUCAUUCUCGUUGUUGAUUUAAAACUUUUAACAUUUUGUUUGGCUGGAUUGUACUUCUUUACCACUACCACCACCUCUUUUCCUCCCUUUUUUCCAGACAGUGUACAGAACUCCGAAAUAGCUUUGUUUAAGGAUUGUGUGUGUGUGUGUGUGUGAGUUAAUCAUUUCCUUGAAAUCAUGUAAAAUAGAUUGCACAGACAUCUUGUGAGUGAUUGGUAUUAGGAGUGUUCAAGAAACUGUUCAAAGAAGAAAGAAAAGAAAACUCUUCCCUCAUUAUUUUCCCUCAUUUUUUGAUGGAGGAAAAUUUUAAAACAUUUUUGUUGUUGUUGUUAUUGUUAAUAGCAUAAUGAGGGGUGGGAGGGGGCUUAAGAGGGAGGGAUAAGGAAAAUGUCAUGAAUGAUUUUUUUCCAGUCCUGCCAUAUGUAACACUGAGUCUGUUACCUAAAUUUUAUAGUUAGAUCAUCUUCAAUUUACUUAUUAAACGGUGUUCUAUUUACCAGUGGGAUUUUCUGCAGUUGUUUUGCGUUUCACUAUGAAGAUAAUAGGGUACUUCUCCUCUGCUUUCUUCGGAGGAUGGCCCUUUAACGUAGCCUGAAACAAGUCCUGUGAUUUGAAGUGAGCUGUAAGGAUGGGAUUAAUUGACAUGCAUCACUUUACAAAGACAGUCUUAUCAUUUGAGAAUGCGCCAUCUUUUUCUCUGGAUAAUUAUUUAUUACAUCUAGCUUGGUUCCUACAUUUUGUUGGGUCUCAAAAUUGGCUCAAGAAUGGUGUUAAUAUUUAUUCUGUAUUGAUAAAAGUCUGUCUUGCUAUUAUGAGUAAAUCCUCCAAUUAAUAUUUUCUUCUCUAGCAUAGCACUGUCAUUUUUUUGUGAAAAUGGUUAUCUGUUUAUUUAUUACAAUACUGAGUCAUAUAUAAAUUUUCAAUAAAA